UGUGGAUGGAGGAUGGCGAAGCAGGACUGUUAGCAUCUCGGCCUGGAAUCCUCGUGUACAGUGAAGGGAUAACAUCACUGGUGCCUAAGUGUCACAACAAGCAGUAGAGCCUGCCCUAGAGCAUUGAUCUCCUGCUACAAUGUCUCGUGCCUUCCCAGUGAAUCACAAAACCUCACAGAUGGGUGUAGCUCCAGUGUGAAGAGGUUAUGAUGGAUUCAGUAAAAGUGCUUCCUUAUUUGCAAAACUACCACUCAUACAAUGUAGAUGUCUUUCCCUUAUCCAUUUAAGUAACAUAAAUUAAGAAAUUAAUGUGAAAGUAUACCUUUUUUAUUUCCUAUCUGAGUUGGUAAGUAUCUUGUUUGGAUCCCAGCUUUAUCUAGAAGGGCUUUUCCUAGAGUGCCAAGUCCCCUUUGGGCUUGUCUGGAUCCUUAGCCCCUGCUCUGUCCUUCAGAGUUCAGUACAAGCAGGCUUCCAGGUAAAGUUUCUAGGUAAAGCAGGGAGCACCUGAAUAUAUAAAUAGGUUGGCAACUUAGUAGAGGAAAUUUUAAUUACAAGUCCCCUGUUUCUUCAAGACACUUAGUGCUCUCCAUCUCUCUCAUCAGCGGCCGGCAGCAUUGCAGACAGGAUCCCGUGGUUUUCACUUCACUGUUGAUGGGAAUAAGAGGUCAUCUGCUAAAGUUUCAGAUUCAAUUUCUACGCAAUACCCAGUAGUGGAUCAUGAAUUUGACGCAGUGGUGGUCGGCGCUGGAGGGGCAGGCUUGCGAGCUGCAUUUGGCCUUUCUGAGGCAGGGUUUAACACAGCCUGUGUUACAAAGCUCUUUCCCACCAGAUCCCACACUGUGGCAGCCCAGGGAGGAAUCAAUGCUGCUCUGGGGAACAUGGAGGAGGACAAUUGGAGGUGGCACUUCUAUGACACCGUGAAGGGCUCUGACUGGCUGGGGGACCAGGACGCCAUCCACUACAUGACAGAGCAGGCCCCCGCCUCUGUGGUUGAGCUAGAGAAUUACGGCAUGCCAUUUAGCAGAACUGAGGAUGGGAAGAUCUACCAGCGGGCCUUUGGCGGACAGAGCCUCAAGUUUGGGAAAGGCGGGCAGGCCCAUCGGUGCUGCUGUGUGGCUGACCGCACUGGCCACUCACUGCUGCACACGUUGUAUGGAAGGUCUUUGCGAUAUGAUACCAGCUAUUUUGUAGAGUAUUUUGCUUUGGAUCUCCUCAUGGAAAAUGGGGAGUGUCGUGGUGUUAUCGCACUGUGCAUAGAAGACGGGACCAUCCAUCGCAUAAGAGCAAAGAACACUGUUAUAGCUACUGGAGGCUAUGGGCGUACCUACUUCAGCUGCACGUCUGCCCACACCAGCACCGGAGAUGGCACUGCAAUGAUCACCAGGGCAGGCCUUCCCUGCCAGGACUUGGAGUUUGUUCAGUUCCACCCCACAGGCAUAUAUGGUGCUGGUUGUCUCAUCACAGAAGGGUGCCGCGGAGAGGGAGGCAUUCUCAUUAACAGUCAAGGCGAGAGGUUCAUGGAGCGAUAUGCCCCGGUAGCAAAGGACCUAGCCUCCAGAGACGUCGUGUCCCGAUCCAUGACUCUGGAAAUCCGUGAAGGAAGAGGCUGUGGCCCUGAGAAAGAUCACGUCUACCUGCAGUUGCACCACCUGCCCCCGGAGCAGCUGGCCAUGCGCCUGCCUGGCAUUUCAGAGACGGCCAUGAUCUUUGCGGGUGUGGACGUCACCAAGGAGCCGAUCCCUGUUCUUCCCACUGUGCAUUAUAACAUGGGUGGCAUUCCCACUAACUACAAGGGACAGGUACUGAGGCAUGUGAAUGGCCGGGACCAGGUCGUGCCUGGCCUGUACGCCUGUGGGGAGGCUGCCUGUGCCUCGGUGCAUGGUGCCAACCGUCUUGGGGCAAACUCACUCUUGGACUUGGUUGUCUUUGGCCGGGCAUGUGCCCUGAGUAUCGCAGAGUCCUGCAGACCUGGUGAUAAAGUUCCACCCAUUAAAGCAAAUGCUGGGGAAGAAUCUGUCAUGAAUCUUGACAAAUUGAGAUUUGCUGAUGGAAGCAUAAGAACAUCGGAACUACGACUCAACAUGCAGAAGUCAAUGCAAAAUCAUGCUGCAGUGUUCCGUGUGGGCAGCGUCUUACAGGAGGGCUGUGAGAAAAUCAGCCAGCUCUACGGAGACCUAAAGCAUCUGAAGACGUUUGACAGAGGAAUGGUCUGGAACACAGACCUGGUGGAGACCUUGGAGCUGCAGAACCUGAUGCUCUGUGCCCUUCAGACCAUUUAUGGAGCAGAGGCCCGGAAGGAGUCACGUGGUGCUCAUGCCCGGGAAGAUUAUAAGGAGCGGGUUGAUGAAUAUGAUUAUUCCAAACCCAUCCAAGGGCAGCAGAAGAAGCCAUUUGAGCAGCACUGGAGGAAGCACACCCUUUCCUAUGUUGAUGUCAAGACUGGGAAGGUUUCGCUGGAAUACAGACCUGUAAUCGACAAAACUUUAAAUGAGUCUGACUGCGCCACAGUUCCCCCAGCCAUUCGCUCCUACUGAUGAGACCGGAGUUGACCUGCUUUUGUAAUAAUGUAUAAUAGCUCACAGACAUGUUCAAAGUGUGACUGUAUUUUUAAAAUUCUGUUCUCUAGUGAAUGAGAAAUGCCAUCUGAGUAGAGACCAGUGGUCAGCAGCUUGCCAGUGAUUAAAGCCACAGUGUUAAGCUUACUUUUAUCCCUUGCUUCAUUCUUGUGAAAUAAUAAAACUUGGCAGGAUUCUUAAAACAUAAAUUAUAGACUUGCUUUAGGCAUAUUUGUUGACCUGAAAUAUUAAAUGUGGUUAUCUUUUUAUUCUGGUACACUGAAAGCCCAAAAUUUUGUUUUAGUGUAUAUUUAAGUAAAAAUGAAUUUUACUGCUUGGCAGCAAAUGAAGAAAACAAACAUUUCCUCCUUGUUCUUAGUAAACAAAUGGUUUCAUAUGUGAAUAUGUGUCCUAAAGCGUUUCAGUAACCAAAUACUAAGUGAAACUGAUAUGGAUGUAAUAUGGAUUUCUUCCCUCCCCACUUCCUUUUAGGUGCUGCUAGGCAUCACCCCCAAGUUCUUAUUUCAGCGUUAGCUUCUGUAGAAACCAAUCAAGGCAAUUAUGUUCAUUUAUUUCAGAUUCUAUUUUUCAGUUUUCGAGAUUGUCUCAAAAUUUUUAAAGCUUAUUAAUAUGUUUGAAAUCAUGUAAACAUUUACAUGAUUUCAAAGUCUAUUUUAUUCAGGGCUCGCCUCAAUUAUCGCUGCAUCCUCUCUCCUCCCCCCAGAGCACCGCUUUGUAUUUCUAGUGAGUGUUUUAAAAAAAAAAAAAGCAAAUAGAUAUUUGCAUAUAUUACGCACACUGUAUAUUCUGGGGUUGGUUAUUCCUUGUCAUCAGUAGAGUUGUCCUCAAUCCUCUGUGGCUUCGUAGUCCUUCACUGCUGAAUUGACCUUAUCCCCUAAUGUGGUCAUUGGUGGUGUUUUCCAACAUGGAGCUUAUCCCCUAGUGUAAACAUUUGUGUUGUUGCCAGUAUUACAGAUAUCACAAUGAA